CAAGCAAAAAAAAAUAUUAAUGUUGUAUUUUUAUUUUUCAUUUUGUGUAGUUAGUAAGUAGUAAUCCACAGGGCCAACAAUCCACAGCCUCCUCCCUGUUUCUCUCCUUUACCCUAAGCGCAGAUGUAGACUUCCUACAUAAAGCUCCUCUCAUUGGAACAGUUUCUCCAUCCCUUCUCUUCACACACUCACACACUCACACAGCCACGAUCUUUAGGAAAUGGGUUUUAUCUAAGAGCAACAAUGGCAAUCUAAAGAAUGCGAAAAACGAGGAACAGUUUCUUGCCUAAAAAUCCCAUCUUUUGGAGAUUUUGAUUCGAUUCUCAGUGAGAGCAGGUUCAUCUGUCCUGAUUCAAAGAUGGAUGAGGACAGCUUUGACCGUGUCACCUCGGACCUUAUCUGUUCAGAGGCUGACCUUGAUGAUCCUGAAACUGUGCCUUCGAUUACUGAUGAUAAGGAUUGUCAGAGCAGCGCUGAUAAAGCUUCAAGCUUUGGCGGUGGCGGAUCAGAUUCAAUGAUUGCCUUGCCUAGCCUUAGCGAUGGGAAAUUUGCUCUGAUGGUUCAGGAAGAAAAGAAUUAUAUGCCUAAAGAUGAUUAUCUUGAAAGAUUGAGGACUGGGGACUUAGAUAUGAGUGUUAGAAGGCAGGCCCUUGAUUGGAUUUUGAAGGCUCAUGCCCAUUAUGGUUUUGGAGAAUUGGCAUUUUAUCUGGCGAUGAAUUACUUGGAUCGAUUUCUUUCAGUCUUUGAAUUACCUGGAGGCAAAGGUUGGGCAGUGCAGUUACUAGCUGUAGCCUGCUUAUCGCUAGGGGUGAAAAUGGUGGAAGUCGAAGUCCCGUUGAUUGUAGAUUUACAGGUUGGAGACCCAAAAUUUGUUUUUGAAGCUAAAACGAUUAGAAGAAUGGAGCUUUUGGUGCUGAGCAACCUGAAGUGGAAAAUGAAUCCUUGUACGCCUUAUAGCUUCAUAGACUAUUUCCUGAGGAAGAUCAUAUUCAAUGCUCCUGCUGAUCAUGAUGAUGACGAUCAACAACCAAAACCACCACCCGAUGGAGGUUUGAUUGGAAAAGCAGUCAAACUGAUCUUAUGCACCAUUAAAGGUAUUGACUUCUUGGAAUUCAAGCCGUCUGAAAUUGCAGCAGCAGUGGCAAUACUUGUUGCUGGAGAAACAACACAGGCAGUAGAUAUUGAGAAGGCACUGUCCUGUUUCAUCCAAAUAGAAAAGGAGAAAGUGAUCAAGUGCCAUGACCUGCUGCAAGAUAUGAGGUUGAUGAUGAAGGUUGCUGGCAGUAGUUCUGGUAGUAGCAAUGGUAGUGUACCCCAGAGUCCAAUCGGGGUACUGGAAGCUGCAUCAUAUUUGAGCUAUAAAAGUGAUGAGAGAACAGUUGGGUCAUGUCCAAACUCUUCAAAUAACAGUCCAGACACUAAAAAGAAAAAAAUUGACACAACAUCAUCACCAUCAUCAUCUUCUUUUGCCAACAACUCUCAAAAGUCAUGAGAUGUGAAUUUUGUUGUUUAUUUUGGCUUCACUCACACCACCACUUCAGUCCAAUCGAAGUGUUUGGUUGAAUGGGAACUUUUGGUGUGUUCUUGAAGCACAAAAAAAAAAAGGAACCCCCAAAAAAGAAAAAAAAAAAAAAAAGAGGCAUACAAAAUUACAAAAAGAGAAGAGGUCCCCCAACUCCCUUUGCUUUUGGCAUGAAAAGAAUUGUCACCAGCUGUGAAAUUAAUCUUGUGCUGUCAACAACAACUACAGUAAGCGCAAGGAUAAUUGUUUAAUUAGAUAAUUAUGGGAGAAAUACAAUUUUGUGGUAGUAUAAUGUUGUUAUAAUGGAGAGUUAGGAAAAAUGUGAGGGAGAGGGAGCUGAAAAUAGGAGGCAAUAUUAUUUUUAUUAUUAUUAUUUUUUGUUUAAAUUGAUAUUCAUUAUAGCAAAUAUUCAAUAAGUUGUACAAUAUGUCUUUCUCCUGAAUCAAGAAGAUUUCUAGUAGUACUACAAAUUUUUGUUUUCUGUCACAUUUAUCUUAAAUUUGAAGCAUGAAAAACCCUAAUCUGUGUUUCUCGUAGCGUUUAUAAUUUGCACAGUAAUUACCCUCG